AUGCAGAAAAGAUGCGCAGGUGAUUGUCUUGCCCUGUUCUCCAACACCGUGCGCCAGCAUCAGCGAGGCAAUUUCCUGAUCUGCUUCCAGCUGCUUUCGGCCACAUCCACGAUGGGUAUGACUGUACGAUCUGGCCUGUUUGCAGAAUCCAGGACUUCAAUGGCACUGGCCGCCAAGCUGCUCACCUGCUGCCCACCAGCGAGCGAUUUGGGCUUCGAGUGGAGCGAUUGCACAUUCUACUCUCACCUCUCAGAGCUGCCCGCAUCCUGGGACUCUGGGCGCAGAGACUGGGUGGCCCUUGUUCCCAGACAGGGACGGCUUGAUGGUGUAAAGGCUUCCAUGUGGGCUUCUGACAAUAGCGUUUCGCUGCGCGCUAUGCCUGCCAGUGUGUCGUAUGCAGCCGUGGCGCUCACGAGCGCGGUGGAGCUGGCUGUGACACUGAGCCCAGGGGCUGCAGCCCUGGCUCUUUUGGGAAGCGCUUCCCAAAGCUACGUGCAGGUUCAAGCUCCGGCUGGCUACGCCAUUCGCUGUGGCCAGUUCCAGAGCUUCUCGCUCCCUCUGUCUGCGCGGGUGCAAUGCCAGGUCGAAGGUGGCAGCCAAGCUGUCGUGCGCAUUGCAAAUGUGGAUCUCUAUGCGGCUGGCACUCUCUACUUCAUCUUUGGGUUGGACACGCCGGCAGCUGAUCCAAGUCCAAACCUGUUCAGCAUUGCCCUGCGUGAUGCCAACAACAUCACAUUGGAUGCAGCGAUGGCUGUUCCAGGCAUGCAUAUUCCACAACCGCGAGUGGCAGCAUUCGUGUCUUUGCUGGUGGUAGACUUCGAAAACGUUGCCCGGCUCCAGGCAUGGGGCGAUGCAGCGCAGCAGCUUGGUGUACUUCGUGGCAGCAUCGCGGCUGCCCUGUCGAUCGACGAAGCAGGCAUCUCGGUGGACUAUGUUCAGGCGGUACUUGGCAUCAGGGACGUGCGACGCCUGCAGAGUAGCGGCGUUGUUGCCGGCCAGCUGCAGGUGAAUUUCUCUGCCUACUCCAUUCUCGUUCCCGUGACGGAGCUUUCAGAUCGAAUCGUGGCGGCAGGCUUCACGUCGGCGCUUCAAGGUGAACUGGGCCCACGAGCGAUCGCCGCAGGUUGGUUCUGCUCACAUGGGGUUCCCGAGGUCACUGGUGCAUCUGCGAACGGCACGGGCACCGUGCGCAGCCCGAUCACAUGGCACGUCAGAGCACUGGCUUGUAGCAGCAAGGUCCCCGAACGACCUUUGUUUUACGUUUUUGAUCUCCAGGUGUCCGUGAACUUGAUUUUCCAGAGAUGCGAGAAGAAGCGUGCCUCCGGCUCUAUGCACGAUGCCUACUUCAUGUGCGAAGAUCAGCCAAAGAGCACGGACCAGGCACAGGCAGACUGCUUUACCCGUUUCCCUACAAGGGUGCUGCGCGCAGCCCCGGAGAAUGCAGAGGUGACGCGAAGUCCUCCGAAAAGUACACCACCUCCCAAGACAGAAGAAACCUCACCCGAGGAGGAGGAAGUCGAUACCUGGACCUACGUCUUUGGGAAGCCAGGUGAGCUGAGGCGUGAUCUCAGCUUAGUGAACACAUCUCCAGAGAAGAUUGUAGCAGCGGGUCUUUUGGCCAUCACUAUUGGUCUGGCCAGCAACCUCUGGGGUCAAACGGAGUUUCUCUUCAGACUUGUGCCAGCGGCAGCUGACAGGGCACGUGAGUUUCACCUCGAUUCCAUCUAUGCCGUCGAUGGCCUCAAGGCUUACUAUGAGGAACAAUACCAGGCUCGCUAUCCGAGCACGUGGCUCUUUGAUCAGCGAGUAGCUCUACUCAAAGCCGGCCAGAUGAGCUCCGAUGAUAUGCUCGGCGUGUCUCGCCGUGGGCGCCCGGGCGCAGCACCACAGGGGGUGGGGCCGGAUGCAGCCUGGGGGCCGGCGGGCGGAGGCGACCGUGCCCUCAAAAGCCGGGAGAAUCUUUCCGUAGUCAAGCAGAGAUUACCUCCCAAAGCCCCUGGACAGCCACCGCAAAUUUCAGAGAUCCUUGGCGACCCGGAAGCAUCGCUGGAAAGGCUUCUCAAAGAGACGAUUGCUCCGGAGGGAUCCAAAAAGACAGCCGAAGCUUUGAAGGCCGUAAAGGCUGAGCGGGCUGGGAAUACUUAUUAUGAGUAUCAAUGGCGCACAACCUUUCCAUCGGGCGCAGAGCUACGGAGCUUCAGCAGUUGCGCCUUGGGGCCAGCAGACCGACGGGGUUACCGCAACUUGUACACCCUGACGGCAGUUCUUCCAGAGACGGAAGUUGUUCAAGGUGAUGGCGCAGCAUCCCUCAUGCCACAGAUCCUGGAAGGAUUCAUCGUUCAACCGCUGGACUCUUGA